AUGGAAGUUAACAAUAAUAAAUCAUUUGGCGAGAGAGCGAGUGCUUAUUUCGGUCGUUUAUUCGAUUUCAAAUCUGAUCGACAUGAUUUCUUAGCUGCUGCUGCAGAAUUCUUGGGAACCUUUUACUUUUUAUUCAUGGGUUCUGGCGGUGCCGUAAGUGUUGGAACAUUAGGUCCAACAGUAGCUGUUAUUGGAAUUCCAUUUGCUUUCGGUUUUUCACUUUUAGUGAGCGUAUGGGCCUGGGCAUCUGUAUCCGGCGGAGUAUUAAACCCAGCAAUUACGAUAGCUUUAGUUCUCACUGAAGAUGUGCCAUUAGUACGUGGUAUAUUAUAUAUCAUAGCCCAAUUUGCUGGCGCUGCAUUAGGUUCCUUCGUAGUUGCUUCAUGCCAACCUGGAGAUGCCGGUGCUGCUACUACUUUGGCUCCAGGGGUUUCAGCUGCACAAGGUUUCUUCCUUGAACUUUUUGCCACAUCAGUAUUAACAAUGUCCGUUUACAUGCUUGCAGUUCAAAAGCAUGGCCAAUUCACCGCUCCAGUUGCAAUCGGUUUAUCUUUAUUCAUCUCUGCCAUUUGCAUAGGACCAUAUACCGGUGCAAGUUUAAAUCCUGCAAGAACUUUUGGUACAGCUGUUGUAACAGGUGAAUAUGGAGACUCUCAUUGGAUCUAUUACAUUGGUACUAUUGCAGGCAGUUUGCUAGCCGCUCUUUAUACAUUUUCAUUAAGGCAAAUGGAUUAUAAAAAAGUAAGUGAAUGUGGUAGCACUCAAAGUGAUAAUCAUAGUCAUAAAGAUAAAAAACAAUUUGAAGAAGCAAAAAAUGAUACUAAUAUAUCAUCCGCUGGUCCAUCGUCGCCAUCGCCACCAAAUCCUAUUUACAAAAGAGCAACAGAAUAUAUAUUUGAAGAAAAAGAGUCAUUAGUCAGUAUAUUUAAACCUGGUAUAAUAUCUGAUGUUUUAAAAGAUGCUUUGGGUAUUUUGGCUCCAAAUAUGGAACCACCGUAUUAUGAAAGAAUGAGAAUAUAUGGUUAUCCACCCGGUUACCUCGGAUAUGAAGUUGGUGAAGAACCUGGUGAAAUAUAUGAAUCACCUUCAUCCAUUACAACAGAAAAAGAUAAAGAAAUUAUUGUUACAAACGAUGAUAAUUUAGAUGUUGAUUAUAAAAAGAAAAAAGAAAGAAAAGUACAAUUGGUCUACUAUCCUGACUUAAAUUUAGAAUUAACAUCAUCGUCAACGACUUACGAUAAUUAUUAUCUACAAUAUCAUGAUUAUUACAAUUAUUAUAAUUAUAACUAUUAUGGUAAUGAAUCAAUAACAUAUCAUAACAACGACAACAACGCUACUAUUAUUAAAGAUGAUGAUGAUAUAAAAUUAGCGACUACAAUAAAAUUAACAACAUCAUCAUCAUUAACAAAGGAAUCAAUAAAGACAAAAAUUGGAGAAACAACUCUGGUAACUAUUAGUAAAAAAAAGAAAAAAGAAAUCAAAAGUGCUAAUCUAAUUAAUCAAGAAUCAACUCGUAAAAAAUUAAUAUCGAUAUUUAUCAAGAUUCUUGUAUUUUACAAAAACUUUUUCAACAUACAAAAACCAUUUUUCAAUAAUGUAUUUAUUAAUAAGAAAUUUCUAAAUGAAAUUUCCCAUAGAACUAAUCGUGAAUUCACCGAAGCACGAGAAUCAAUCGGAGAAUUGGUACAAUGUUUAAUAUUUGAGUGUGACGUAUUGACAUUUCUUAUAGGAAACAAUGAUUCUGUUUGA